AUGAAGGCUAAUGCGGUUUUUCUGUUGGCUGCUGCUGAGUGUGCAGGCCUGAUGUGCAUUCUGCACUAAAUGAGGGGCCCUGUCCUAUAAAAACACUGGACAAGGGCUUGGCCACCACAUUGAUUAUACUGGAUCUGUCCCUCCUCAAGAGUGCGGUGAUCGACGGCAGCCAUGAAUCCGCAGGAGCAGCUGGAGCAGAGGGGGAAGUUUAGGAUGACCGUGUUCGAGGAGGAAUACUUCCAGGGCAAGAGCUGUGAAUUCAGAUUUGAAUGCCAGAACAUUCUGGACAGAGACUUCAGAAAGAUUCGCUCCAUUAAGGUGGAGAACGGCCCCUGGGUGGGGUAUGAGUAUCCUGAGUUCCAGGGCCAGCAGUUUAUCCUGGAAAAAGGAGACUAUCCCUGUUACCAGGCCUGGAGUGGCAACAGCAGUUACAGAACAGAGCAUUUGCUGUCUUUCAGACCUAUUAAAUGUGCUAACCACAGUGACAGUAAGAUUACCCUCUAUGAGUGUGAAGACUUCAUGGGACGUAAAUUUGAGAUGUGUGAGGAUUAUCCCUCCCUUCAAGCCAUGGGUUGGUGCAGCAAGGAAGUUCCCUCAAUUAAAGUCAACUCUGGCGCCUGGGUAGGCUAUCAGUUUCCCGGUUACCGUGGAUAUCAGUACAUCUUUGAGAGAGACAGACACCAAGGAGAGUACAGAUGCUACAACGAGUACGGCACCCAGGCACACACCAAUCAGAUCCAGUCUAUGCGCAGAAUUCAGCAUUAAGACCCAACACCAUUGUGUACCCACCAUGUCUGCCAUGUCAAUACUAUAGGCAAUAAAGACAUUAUUUAAACUAUAGUAAAAGAGUGCUUGUGGCAAUUCCUCCCUUUUUUUUUUUUUUUAAAUAAAACAACUUCACUGCUCAGUUCAUGGAUCUGCUAAGUGGUAAUUCUUGAUGUAAAACAACUGCAGAUCUUGUGCUUUUUUUAAACUAUGUGUAAUCAGCACACACCUCCCACAUUUCUAGGUAAAUGUAAUCAUGCAGAAAUGUUAGCAAGUUUUUUUUUUUUUUUUUUCCUGAGAUCAGACUAGACUGAUGGUGGAAUAUGCCACAUCAUUAUAUUUAAUAACUAGGAACAGCAACAAGUCUUGUUUAAUGAUGUCCUACACCACCUAUAUGGUGGAUAUGAGACUGUGAUAUUUCUAAUAAACAAGAGCAUGAGUACCUUUA